AUGGCUACCCAAACCGCGAUCCAGAUGAAAGGCCCUGGCAAGGCAGAGAUCGUUACUGAUACUCCCAUGCCCAAACUUCGCGAUGACUACAUCAUUGUUAAAACGGUCGCUGUAGCUUUAAACCCGGUUGACUGGAAGCAGAUUGACGAUCUGACCUGCCCUGGAGCGAUUGUAGGUUGUGACUACAGUGGAGUAGUCGAGCAAGUUGGCCCUGCAGUCAAGCAUGGACCUCAUGUUGGUGAUAGAGUCAUGGGAAUGGUUCAUGGCAGUAAUUUCUCGAACCAUGAAGACGGAGCGUUUGCAGAACAUAUUGCUGCCAAAGGAGACCUUCAGCUCAAGAUACCAGACUACAUGUCAUUUGAAGAAGCCGCAACACUAGGCGCUGGCAUGAUUACUGUCGGUAAAGGUCUUUACGAGUCCCUAGAUUUGCCUUGGCCCGACGAUCCUCCAAUGAAGUCGUUUCCGGUCUUGAUAUAUGGAGGCAGUACGGCAACAGGCACCUUGGCUAUUCAAUUUGCAAAAUUAUCUGGCUUAGAAGUCAUCACAACAUGUUCCCCAAAGAACUUUUGGCUCGUCCGAAGCCUAGGGGCAGAUCACGUCUACGACUACAACUCGCCGAAAUGCGCCGCCUCUAUCCGUGAAAUCACAAACGAUCAGCUGGGACACGUUUUCGAUACCGUUUCUAAGCCCGAAACGGCCGAGAUAUGCUGCAACGCCAUAAGCAGCCAAGGCGGCAAAUACGCCGGCCUCAGCGGUCUGCAGGAGCUUCCGCGCAACGACGUUGAGAACCUUCAAAUCAUGGCCUACACGGCCUUUGGAGAGGCGUUCGACUUCGGAGGCCAGGAAGUUCCAGCAAACCCAAAGAAUUACGAUUUCGCAGUCAAGUUUGUUUCGCUAGCGCAGGCGUUGCUGUGGCAGGGCAGGAUUAGGCCGCAUCCGCAGAGCGUAAGAAGGGGGAGUUGGAGCGGCGUUUUGGAUGGAUUGCAGGAGAUGCGGGAGGGAAAAGUUUCGGGCGUGAAGCUCGUGUAUCCAAUUUGA